AUGUCCGUCAAGUUUGCCAUCAGCUCUGGCGCUCUGUCACUGGCGCUAUUGCUCUUCGGCCAUGGCCACCUCACCAAGGCAGCGAAGGACCCGGACACCAGGUACAUUUACUUUGACAACAUCCCGUAUAUUGCCAAUGCCUCCAACAUCAUCCCCAUAUCCUGGUCCGCAGUGGAAGCCGGCUUUGCAAACCCCAUCCGCGAGGACAUUACCAACUUCACCGGGCUAGACUGGACAAAGCCCUACCCGGGUAGCCCGGUGCCAGGCUUCACCACCCAUUUGCGGAUCGCGGACCAUCUGCCUUUCCCGGCCGUUGUGACGGAGGAGAACGCCGUGAUUGACGUGGCGGCUCUCAACAACGGCAUCCCGCAGUCCAUGAGAAAGGCAGAUGGCAUCCUCCCCAAGGCCAUGCAUCCCUCGUGGUUCAUCUGCCAGCACUACUAUGUCAGCGACCUGCCUGACGCUGCAGCCUCGGACGUUGCGCACGACUGUUCCUUUUUGCCGAGCCAAUGUCUGAAGGACUUGAAGGCCGACAUGGUUGCGAACUGGGGAGCCUACGCGGACGAGACAAACGGUUCCAUGUGCGGCGGAUGGACCUUUUGA